UUUGUAUUGAAACCUGAUCAGCCAAGCUGCUGGACUGACGAGAUUCCAUCUAUCUGUUGGUUUAAUCUGCUUAUCUGGGACCGGGCAGCAGACUGUCAUGGAAAACACCUGAGUUUCUGGCUCUGCUAUGGAUCAGUGUGAGGAGACAGACGAGGGAAUCCCUCUCUCUAAAACCGCUCUGACUGAGGAACAUGAGGCUCACAGCAUUCACCAGCAGAGACCAGAAUCUCCUGAGUCCAGCUACAACUUCAUGAGGAGUGAUCGCUCCAUGAUUGAACCUUUUGAAUUUAAAGAUGAACGCCACUAUACAGGAAGAAGCAUUCACCAGCAGAGACCAGAAUCUCCCGAGUCCAGCUACAACUACAUCAGGGGUGAUCGCUCCAUGAUUGAACCUUUUGAAUUUAAAGAUGGACACCACUCUACUGAGGAAAGAGGUCCAGAUCAAAAACCAGAGGGUCUUGAUGGUCAGGAUUCCCAGUCGAAUCCAACAGACCUGGACUCCAUUUUUGAGCUUCUUGAAGAGACCAUUUCCACUUUUGUGUCAGAAGAGCUGAAAAAAUUUAAGAGGGUGCUGAGUCCAGAUUAUCCAGAAUACUUGGAUUGGCACAGCGACAAUGAGGCGCAGAGGGGCAGCAAAGAAGCAUUUCUGAAGAUCUCAUUGCACUUCCUGAGAAGAAUAAAGCAGGAGCAGUUGGCCGACUGUUUGCAGAGCAGAACUGUUGCCUCACUGAACCAGAGCAAGUUCAAAUCCAGCAUAAAGAAGAAGUUCCAGCCUGUGUUUGAGGGGAUCGCCAGGGCUGGAAAAACAACCCCCCUGAAUAAGAUCUACACAGAGCUCUACAUCACUGAAGGAGGGACUGGAGAGGUCAAUGAGGAACACGAGGUCAGGCAGAUAGAAAAAGCAUCUGAGAAACAAGACAGCCCAGGAACACCACUCAGACAUGAAGACAUCUUUAAAGCUCCACCUGGAAGAAAUGAACCAAUCAGAACAGUGAUGACGAAGGGCGUGGCCGGCAUCGGGAAAACAGUCUUAACCCAGAAGUUCACUCUGGACUGGGCUGAAGGCAAAGCCAACCAGGACAUCCAGUUCACAUUUCCAUUCACUUUCAGAGAGCUGAAUGUGCUGAAAGAGAAAAAGUUCAGCUUGGUGGAGCUCGUUCAUCACUUCUUUCCUGAAACCAAAGAAGCAGGACUCUGCAGGUUUGAAGAGUUCCAGCUGGUCUUCAUCUUUGAUGGUCUGGAUGAGUGUCGACUUCCUCUGGACUUCCACAAAAAUGAGAUCCUGACCAAUGUUACCAAGUCUGCCUCCUUGGAUGUGCUGCUGACAAACCUCAUCAGGGGGAACCUGCUUCCCUCUGCACGUCUCUGGAUAACCACACGACCUGCAGCAGCCAAUCAGAUCCCUCCUGAGUGUGUGGACAUGGUGACGGUGGUCAGAGGAUUCACUGACCCUAAAAAACAAGAGUACUUCAGGAAGAGUUUUGGAAAUGAAGUCAAAGCCGACAAAAUAAUCUCCCACAUUGAAAAAUCCCGAAGCCUCCACAUUAUGUGCCACAUCCCGGUCUUCUGCUGGAUCACUGCGACAGUCCUGGAGGAUCUGCUGAAGACCAGAGAAGGAGGAGAGCUGCCCAAGACCCUGACUGAGAUGUACAUCCACUUCCUAGUAGUUCAGACCAAACUGAAGAACAUGAAGUAUGACGGAGGAGCUGGGAAAGAUUUUCAGUGGAACAAAAAGAACAGGAAGAUGAUCGAGUCUCUGGGGAAACUGGCUUUUGAGCAACUGCAGAAAGGCAACCUGAUCUUCUAUGAAGUAGACCUCAAAGAGUGUGGCAUCGAUAUCAAAGCGGCCUCAAUGUACUCAGGAGUGUUCACACAGGUCUUCAGAGAGGAGAGAGGACUGUGCCAGGACCAGAUGUUCUCCUUCAUCCAUCUGAGUGUUCAGGAGUUUCUGGCUGCUCUUCAUGUCCAUCAGACCUUCAUUACCUCUGGAGUCAAUCUGCUGUCAGACAGAAAAUCAACCUCUACUACACUUUCAGGGAAAAAGAACUUCUACCAGAUCGCUGUGAACAAGGCCUUACAGAGUCCAAAUGGACACCUGGACCUGUUCCUUCGAUUCCUCCUGGGUCUGUCACUGCAGGAAAAUCAAACUCUACUGCGAGGUCUGGUGACACAGACAGAAAGUAUGUUCCAGAACAAUCAGAAAACCGCCAAGUUUAUCAAGAAGAAAAUCACUCAGAAUCUGGCUCCAGAGAGGAUCAUAAAUCUGUUCCACUGUCUGAAUGAACUGAAGGAUCAUUCACUGGUAGAAGAGAUCAAAACAUACUUAAGACCAGGAAGUCUUGUCACUGGUAAAUUCUCUCCUACUCAGUGGUCAGCCUUGGGCUUCAUACUCCAGUCAUCAGAAAAGGAUCUGGAUGAGUUCGAUCUGAAGAAAUACUCUGCUUCACAGGACGUUCUUCUGAGGCUGCUGCUGCUGGUCAAAACCUCCAAGAAAGCUCUGCUGGGUGGCUGUACUCUCUCAGAGAAAAGCUGCGAAGCUCUUUCCUUCGUUCUCAGAUCAGACCACUCCAAACUGAGAGAGCUGGACCUGAGCAACAACGACCUGCAAGACUCGGGAGUGAAGUCGCUGUCGACCGGACUCAAAAGGCCACACUGUAGGCUUGAGACUCUCAGACUGUCAGGCUGCCUGAUAACAGAUGAAGGCUGUUCCUCUCUGGCAUCAGCUCUAAGAUCCAACCCCUCCCAUCUGAGAGAGCUGGACCUCCGUUACAAUCAUCCUGGUGAUGCGGGCGUGAUGCUGCUGUCGGCUGUACAGGAAGAUCCACGUUGUAAACUGGAGACGCUCAGAGUGGACCAUGCCGGAGAGCAGUGGCUGAAACCUGGUCUCAGGAAGUAUGCCUGCGAACUCACACUGGACACAAACACAGUUCACAGGAAGCUCAAAUUGACUGAGGAUGACAGGAAGGUGACCCAUGUUGAAGAGGAGGAGCCGUACCCUGAUCAUCCAGAGAGAUUUGACCAUUGGUACCAGCUGCUGUGUAGAGCUGCACUGACUGAUCGUUGUUACUGGGAGGUUGAGUGGAGUGGGAAUGUGGACAUUUCAGUGACCUACAGACAAAUCAAAAGGAAAGGAAAAGAAUCCAACAGCAAAUUUGCAGGAAAUAAAGAUUCUUGGAGCCUGAUCUGCUCUAAUGAUCUCGGGUAUUUUGCCUGUCAUGACAACACAGCAGUUGUCCUCUCCACCUCCACCUCCUCCGUGCCCCAAAGAGUAGCAGUGUAUGUGGACUUUCCUGCAGGCACUCUGUCAUUUUACAGCAUCUCUGGCAAAACACUGAGCCACCUUCACACCUUCAACACCACAUUCACUGAACCUCUCUAUCCUGGAUUCAGGUUACUGAAAGGGGCCUCAGUCUCCCUGAGCUUACUGUAAACUGUUGAUCUCUCCAAGAAGUCAUGAGCCUCUCCUGUGCAACCUUAAACCCCUGAUUUUGCAUCUUUUCUUUUACCUAGAGCUGCAAUGCAAGUCACGUUUUAAAGGCUUCUUUUCCUGUACAAUGAACUAAACAUCCACUGUAGCUCAGCAGAAACAGCAGAAAUUACUUUGCAAGCUGUAACACUAAAAACCCACAUCCUUUAACAAGUCAUAGGUGAAAGGUUUUUUUUGUAUAAAUGAAUUGUAUGGCCACAUGUCUGAAGCCAGUUUAUUCUGCUGCUAACAAGUUUUGGUCUUGUUAGAUAAUUUUGGUGUUGUAGAAAAGUCAGUGGUCGCUGAAGGGGUGAAACGUGCAACCUGAGUUAUUUUCUUCAGGCUUCAUCUGUGUUCAGUAACUGUAUAACCAGUGUAUUUUCUACAUCAUGAUCUUGUUGAUUCAUAUUUUAUGUAGUGUUUCACUUUAUAUUUUCAAGUUUAAUAUGAUAAAGUCUUAUAGUUUUCUUUUUUAAGUAUUGUUUUUAAACUUAACACUUUAAUUAUUCUAACUAGGGAUGCCAGAUAUCGGUAUCGGCAGAUAUAAAAAUUUUUGCCGAUAUUUACAUCUGAUAUUUUGGACGCUCAUGUCAGCACAUAGCUAUAAACUGUAAAAUUUGGCCAUAUAUCCUAAUAAAUCAGUGGAGUUUUAGGCUGGAUCAACAGACCUACAGUACUGUGCAGAAGUUUUAGGCAUGUUUGGGCUGAAAUUUGAAGCUGAAGUAAGGCAUGUAAUGGCGAGUACGUCCACCUGAGGGCCCCAUCAUGAGGGAAGGAGGAUUGACACAAUCCAUGUCAUGCUCUGGAUAUCUUUGUAAAUUACCAAGGGCAUGGGAAAAUAAUUUGAUGAAAACAAAACAAAACCACAGCUUUAGGGCGGAGUUAUGGGUAGAUGUGGCGCUUAAACAUAGCCUAGGGUACUGUUA